UCUUGAAGUGUCCAAAAUCUAACCUACAUAGUUGUUAGUACAAUUUAGCCUUUAUUGGACUAUUCGGUGCUGAUUUAAAUUGUUUAAUGCAAGUGCGCAUGCUCGAACUAAUCUUAGCAACGGAUGUACACAUUCUGCAGACAGCUACCGAAGAAUUUUAACAGAUCUGAUACACUGCUAGAGAUCAAACAUGGGACAGGCACUUGCUCGCGCCGCACAGUGGACCUCUGCCAAGGGAGGUUCAGGCGGUAAACUCGAAUUCACAAAAUUGAACGAGGAUCUCCUUAACUCUGUGAUGAAAUUCGUUGAUGGUUUCGGAACAAAGUACCCUGAUGAAGCAAAGCUGAUUUUCAAGUCUCCCUUGACUUGGAAGACAAGUUUAAGACCUGAGAAAAUGACUGGAGGAUAUACAGAGAAAGGAGAAGACAUAGUUUCCUCACAAACCAGUGAGAAGGACGGGCACCCAAUGCUGACCCUGCACAAAGUGAGCUCCAAUGAGUACUCAGUGUCUGUUCUGUCACUGGAGUUCUGUGAGAAUGUAUUGAGAAUGGCUGGCGACCAGAAACUUAUGGAAGUCAGGAGCUGCCUUGAAGCAAACAGAGACCCUGGUGCUAAAAUGCUUGGAGACAGAUUUGCAACAGUUGAAGGUGAUGACAAUUCAAUUUACAGGUUCAUAGAGGAGAUCACUAAGGAGAUAGAGCAGCUGGCCAAGCAGGACGGAGGCAGCCAUGGUGAGGUAGAGGAGAAGAAGUUACAGCUCAAACUGCAGCUGCAGAUCAACAGGCUGGACCAGCAGCUGCUGCAGCAGUCCAUACAGCAAAUCACCAGGGACGUGAGACUAACUCCAGCCAUGGUGGACGGAGAGGUGUCCAUUCUGAAGCAGCUGUCAGGCAGGGACGAGAACAAACAUGUCCUGGAGUCAAUCCAGUUCUGGGGUGAUGGAUACGUGUUUCAAAAUGGUUGUCGGGCACAGCCGUGGCGUCAACUGCACGGUGACAUCAGCUACAUCGCAGUGAAACCUCAUGAUACCAGUCUCGUGUUUGUCACUGCCAACACCAGCGGCUACUACUGCAAUCAGGGCCCUACCAAUGUGGGAGAGCUAGACUACACAAAGCAAGGUGACUCAUAUCGGGAGCUGGUGACACUGAUCAAAGAGAAGAGCCCCAAAUUUGCGGAAAUGAUUGAGAACCAAGAAUUCGCCUUAAAGUCGAAAGACCAAGAUGACCCAAUGGCAGUACAGAAGAUGGAGAAACACGAUCGAGAUGAUGACGAUUACAGGGAGAAGGCGCAUGACAAAUCGUUCGGACGUGAAACGACCAAAGACUCUGACAAACAGAAGAAAACUCAAAAGAAGAAAAAGCUCGAGCCAUCAACGCGUUGGAAGGCUCUCGGAAUGGAAGAGUACAAAGAAGGGGAGCAGGAGAAAAAAUUCGCGAAGAAGAAGAAGGUGCCAUCGCGUAUGCGUAACAAGACUCCGAACGAUGCGGAGGACAGUUUCAGCGAGAGCUCCUCAGAGAGUGAGGAGGAGGAGGAGGCCGUAGAGAGACGGAGCGAGACCAACGCUGACCUGCCAUCAGAGUACUGGCAGAUACAGAAACUCGUCAAGUAUCUUAAGGGAGGCAACCAGACUGCUACCAUCAUAGCGCUGUGCUCGAUGCGCGACUUCAACCUGGCCCAGGAGACUUGCCAGCUGGCCAUCAGGGACGUGGGGGGCCUUGAAGUGCUCAUCAACCUGCUUGAUACGGAGGAAAUUAAGUGCAAGAUUGGAUCCCUGAAGAUUCUUAAGGAGAUAUCCCGUAACACCCAAAUCCGCCGCGCCAUAGCAGACCUGGGUGGUCUACAGACGAUGGUGAAGAUCUUGCGUGAGGCUGACAAGGAUCUCAAGUGUCUUGCGGCCGAGACCAUCGCCAACGUGGCCAAGUUUAGACGGGCACGAAGGACCGUUAGACAUCAUGGAGGCAUCAAAAAACUGGUGGGUCUACUGGACUGCGCCACAGGUCAGCAGACCUCAGAGAUGGAGAAGGACGUGCAGGUAGCGCGGUGCGGUGCGCAGGCUCUGUGGAGCUGCAGCAAGAGCAAGAAGAACAAGGAGGCCAUGCGUAAGGCAGGCGCCAUACCCCUGCUGGCAAAACUCCUCAAGUCCACACAUGAGGACAUGCUCAUACCUGUUGUUGGGACCCUGCAGGAGUGUGCUUCAGAGCCAAGUUAUUGUCUCGCCAUUCGCACAGAGGGAAUGAUUGAAGACCUGGUGAAGAAUCUCAAAUCUGCAGAUCCUGAACUGCAGAUGCACUGCGCUGCAGCUAUAUUUAAGUGUGCCGAGGAGAAGGAAACUCGAGACCUGGUGCGUCAGUUUGGUGGGCUGGACCCGCUGGUGUUGCUGCUGCAGAAGAAUGACAACAAGGAGCUGCUGGCAGCCGCCACUGGCGCCAUCUGGAAGUGCGCCAUCACCACGGAGAACGUGCAGCGGUUCCAGGAGCUCAAGACCAUUGACCUCCUUGUGGUGCUGUUGAACGACCAGCCAGAAGAGGUGUUAGUCAAUGUUGUGGGUGCGCUUGGAGAAUUAGCAAAAGAGAUGCCAAACCGAAACCAGAUCCGUAAGGCUGGUGGAAUCUCUCCACUGGUGAAUUUACUAACUGGAACCAACCAGGCCCUGCUGGUGAAUGUGACCAAAGCAGUAGGGCAGUGUGCAGAGGAGCAGGAGAACAUGGUCAUAAUUGAUCGUCUUGAUGGUGUGCGGUUGCUAUGGUCCCUCCUGAAAAAUCAGAACCCAGACGUGCAGGCCAGCGCUGCUUGGGCUAUAUGUCCAUGCAUAGAGAACGCAAAAGAUGCAGGAGAGAUGGUACGAUCAUUUGUGGGCGGUCUAGAACUGAUAGUCAGUCUCCUGAAAUCUGAACACAAAGAGGUCCUUGCAAGUGUGUGUGCUGCCAUCGCUAAUAUCGCCAAAGACGAAGAAAACCUCGCCGUCAUAACAGACCAUGGGGUGGUUCCCAUGCUAGCACGAUUAACAAACACAACAGAUGACAAGCUACGGCGUCACCUCGCAGAGGCCAUCGCUCGCUGCUGCAACUGGGGUAACAACCGCGUGGCGUUCGGGCGUGAGGGGGCGGUGGCACCGCUUGUUCGGUACUUGAAAUCGUCCGACGAGAACGUGCAUCGCUCUACUGCAAGGGCAUUGUUCCAGCUCUCCAAACAUCCUGAAAACUGCAUCACCAUGCAUGAGGCUGGAGUCGUGCAGCCCCUUAUGAAGAUGGUAGGGUCCUCAGAUGAAGACUUACAGGAAGCUGCAGCAGGGUGCAUAGGAAACAUCAGGAGACUGGCAUUAGCCAAUGAGAAAGCCAGAUAUUCAUAGCCAACCAAUGAGAAAUUAACAUUCAAAUUUAUAAGACAAAAUAUUGAUAAAUAAGAAAAUUUGAUUGACACAAUGGACACAAGAAUUUUAUAAAGUGGGGAACCAUGCUUUUUUGUCUUGUUUAGUUAUUUUAGAUAAAUUAUUUUGAUUUAUGUUAAGGCUGUGAUCAGCAUUUACUGAAGAUAUAAAAAUAACAGAUACAUUAACUGCAA